AUGCAAAUAGGUCAAGCCUUAGCCGCAGCAAAGGAAGGUGAGUCUCAGAUGAUCGUGAUGAUGGGUAACAAUCUUUCUUUAACAAGCAUUAUUCUCAAUGGAGAUCCAUCUAUAGAGCAUAAAGGAAAACUUACUUGCCUUGACGAACAAGUCAAGAUAUCUCAGUUCUAUCACUGCGAGGGCUUACUGCUAUGCAUUUUAAAAGAUGAUUCUAGGUUUGUGGUUUGUAAUCCGUAUUUGGAGCAAACAAGGUGGAUCGAACCAAGAUAUUCCCAUCGUCCAUACGGAAUGGAUAGGUUCUCUUACGCUCUUGGAUACGUGAAUACGGAUUCUUGUCGUAGCUACAAGUUGUUGAGGUUUAUAGAUUAUUACUACAAUGCACCCGAGAAGCAAUUCUUUUGGUAUGAAGUCUACGAUUUUGACUCUGAUUUAUGGACUACUCUUGAUGUCACUCCACAUUGGCGUAUAGCGUUUUGUAACACUGGCGUUCCUUUUAAGGGAAACACUUACUGGUGUGCUGCAGAAAGGAACGUAGAUGUAGAUGAAGUCUUAGCUAAUCGCUUAAUCUGUUUUGAUUUUACAAGUGAGAGAUUUGGUCCUCUUCUGCCUCUGCCGUUUAGUGGUGGGCAUCAUGACUAUACGACUUUGUCUUGUGUUUGAGAAGAGAAGCUUGCGGUUUUACUUCAGCACGAUGAAUCAAAUCCAUAUGAGCUUGACUUGUGGAUUACAACUAAGAUUGAGACAGAAGAGGUGUUGUGGAGCAAGUUCUUGAGAGUGGAAACAGCUGGUUUUAAUAGUUAUGUUCCUUUUAUAAGUGGAAGUUUCUUCAUUGACGAGGAGAAGAAAGUCGCCUUUGGUUUUGAUGAACGUAACCGCCAGAGAGUUAUUGUCAUUGGAGAGGCUGGAUACUUGAGGGGAUUGGAUCUCGUUGGGGAUUUUGGAGACCAAAGCUGUAAGCCAGAUCUAUGCUCUUAUGUUCCAAGUUUAGUGCAAAUCAAGCAACCUGAAGGAGGGGAAAGGGAAGAAGAAAGCGAAUAUGGAGAAGCUUCGAUAUGA